AUGGCCGGGUCUACCAUGGCGAUGCCCGCCAUGAGCGCCAUGCAGAGUCAGGACGAGCAUCGCCCCGAUCUGCCACGUCCCUACAAGUGUCCGCUAUGUGACAAGGCUUUCCACCGCCUCGAGCAUCAGACGCGACACAUCCGUACCCACACCGGUGAAAAGCCACACGCCUGCCAGUUCCCUGGCUGCACGAAGCGAUUCAGCAGAUCGGACGAAUUGACGCGCCACUCUCGAAUCCAUAGCAACCCCAAUUCCCGUCGCGGAAACAAGCAAAAUGGUGUUGCUGCGCAAGCUGCGGCUGCCGCUGUGCAGGCGGGCAUGUACGACAACCCGGCGAUGCAGCAGAUCAACCAGAUCAACCAGAUGAACCAGAUGAACCAGAUGAAUCAAAUGCACMAAAUGAGUCAAAUGGGGCAGAUGGGGCAGAUGAACCAUCUAAACCAAAUGGUACAGCCUCCUAGCCAGCUUCAACAAUCGCACAUGCAGCCAAUGAUGGCUCCUCAACAACCGCAGCAGCAGCAGCAGCCACCGCCACAGCCACAGCCAUCUCAACAACAGCAACAGCCCCCACAGGCUCUUCCAGUAGGCCAUUCGCAUACAUCACAGCCGGCAACGCAUUCCGCUCCUGCGUCGCAGCUCAAUUCGCCAAACGUGUCCCCUCCCAAUACUUAUGCAACGUACUCGAGCACCCCGGGAUCCUACCUCACUCGCAAUGGCAGUGGCGACAUCAGCCCAGCGCAAAGCAGUGGGUCGUACAGGCCAAUGGAUAUCAACUUGCUUGCCACGGCUGCGUCGCAGGUGGAGCGUGAGAACAACAGCCAAAUUCCCAACCACCAUCUGUCGCUGCCCUCACGACACAAUUUCCCCAACACCUCAUUCCACGCACAUCCUUAUCAUGCUGGAAGAUUGCCCUCGCUCUCGUCAUACCACUAUUCGUCCAACCCAACAUCUCAGCCAAUGUCGAGAUCUCACUCGCACGAAGAGGAUGACCACUACUCGGGUCGCGCAUCGAAGAAGUCCCGACCCGGCUCACCACAAUCUACCGCACCGCCAUCGCCAACGUUCUCACAUGAAUCUGCAUCUCCCACACCGGAUCAUACUCCUCUAGCGACGCCAUCACACUCGCCACGUUUGAGACCGCAAUUUUUCCACAACGGCGUGCAGCUUCCGACUUUGCACCAUCUUUCUCUGGCACAUCAACCACCGCCUGCUCUUGCUCCUGUGGAGCCUUCAGCCGAUGGACACCAGCCCUACGUUCCGGCACAGCACAGCGGCCUGCGGAUUAGCGAGAUUAUGGAAGCUGGCGAUGGAGCGCAACGCAAGCUACCCAUCCCCAUGAUUCCCCACAAGGAAUCAAACUACAUGGUCAAAGAACUUGUGAAUCCGGGCAGCGGUGGAAGCAGCGGGCAGAGUAGUACGAGAGCGAGCGAAGCUGGAAACGAUCUCCACGAGCGAAUGUAA